CCAUGUUGGAGCCGGCGCUGGAGGAGCUCUCGGCUCUCGCCGCCAUCUACUGCGAGCCGGACGCCUGCGAGGUGCUGGCGGUCUCAGAGACUCAUGGAAUCACAUUUAGAAUUCAAAUCAGUGUGAAGGAACUGCUGGAUACAGAUGUACUUUUAAAGCUGUUAUUUCAUUUACCAGUCAAUUAUCCAUCAACUCUACCAGAUAUUUCUGUUAACUCAGACCAGCUUACAAGGGCCCAGUGUAUGGACGUGAAAGAUAAAUUACUUGAACAAGCAAAGAAGCAUCUUCCUGAACCCAUGGUACAUGAUCUGAUUCUUUGGAUACAGCAGCAUCUUAAAUAUGUUAUUAAGCAAUCAGCAACAGUUUGCAAGGAAAAAACUGCUUUGUCAAAAAGAACAAGUACAGAGGAUGGUAUCUGGAUGCUCUUCUUGCAUUUAGAUCACAUGAGAGCAAAGGCAAAGUACGUCAAAACUGUGGAAAAAUGGGCUUCAGAUCUAAGGCUGACUGGAAGACUGAUGUUCAUGGGCAAGAUAAUACUGAUUCUUCUUCAGGGUGACAGGAGCAACAUUAAGGAGUACUUAAUUCUUCAGAAAACUUCUAAGGUAGAUGUGGACUCAAGCGGAAAGAAAUGCAAAGAGAAAAUGAUUAGUGUACUGUGUGAGACAAAAGUACAGUCACAGCAUAAAAGGUUUCAGACGUUUGAAGUCAAAGAAUAUUCAACACUGGAUGAGCUACAAAAGGAAUUUGAAACUGCAGGACUUACAACUCUUUUCUCUGAGUUUGUGCCUCCUCUCUUAAAAUUAAAAGAAAACACUGGACCCUUUGACCAAAGCAGUAGUUGACUGCAGAUGCUGAUGGAAGAUGAAAGGACGGAUUUGGCAAACAACAUUAAAGCUUUUCUACAAAAAAUCCCAGAAGUAGCCAUCCUCUUGCAAGAAGGAGAAGGCAAUUCAUACAUUAAGAAUUGAUAAUUUUUUGACAUUUAUGUAUCGAUAACUUUUUCCAAGGAAUGCAGAGUUAAUUGCGAUAAUUGCAUGGCAAGCAUGAGAGAUUGGGAAGACAUCAUGUUAAAAUAAUAGUCUUCUAGUUAGACUCUGUUUUGCAAUGCCUGUUUUUCAGUGUUUUGGUUUUUACCUCUCAUGGUAGUGUUUUUUCAUAAUGGCCUGCUAGAAAGCAUGAUUAAUUUUGUGUUGAAAGCUUAUAUGAAGGUAUUUCUCUAAAAAGCAUAGCAAACAGAAUUGAAUGUUUGAGUGCAGCAUAUACUUAAUAUCCCUUAGGUGUUCAUCUUCUAACUUUUUCUUCUCCAUUUAUUUGACUAUAAAUGCUAGACUGUUGAUUUAAAGAAAAAGCUCAUGUCACUUGGCGCCUGAAAAAACUUAGAAGUGUCUUUUUGAAUGUUAGUUUUUAUUCUAAAAUGUAUAAAAACACCCAAGUGGAGAAUUUAAAUGGAUUAAAAAGCUAAGGUAAAGCCAUUCGUAAUAUUUUCUUUGAUAGUUUACAGAUUCCUUUUUGCACUUUAUCCGGUUUUCCUGACUGUGCAUCUUUAAAUAUCUUGAUUCAAUUAAACUGCCAGAGCAGUAUAUAUACAGACUUCAGUCCUCUGUCUCUCAAGACUUCUGUCAAGUCUUCUGUCAUUUGAGAAGCUGGUAAGUUAUAACUCCCUAUUAAAAAUUCCUGACUUUUAGCAUUUUUUUUUUGAUUGGUCAGUGGCCUUGGCCAGCCUAUAAAUUUUUUUUAUCACUAGUCUGUGUUUUACUUCAGUAUAAUGUUACAAAUUAUAUACAUAAUUUUUACAAAUUCAGUUGUGCAAGUUCUGUUUGCCUAGGGAGAAUUGGAUACUUAUUUCUUAUAAUUAUUAAUGUCCUUUGGUUUCUAUUUUACCUGAUACCAUUCUCUAGCAAGACUGGAUAAAUUGUCCAGUAGUAAAAAUAUUGAAUUAAUGAGUUUCUCAGUAACUAGCAAUGCCAUUUCAAUUGGUUUUAGUAUGUAGCUAAACAUGGGCUUUACUGCUCUCUAAAACUCACUCCCAGAAGCCAAAUGUAUUAGGUAUUCUUUGUUAACCAAAUACAUUUGAUCAACUCAGUGUAAAUUAAUUUAUCUCCUUUGUACUGGAGGAAGGCUGGUACAAUUUGGUUAGUUCCCAUAGUGUGGUUUGGCAAAUGAUUAUGUAAGACAUUUUGAUUUCCAGGUUCAUACUCAGACCAUGAGAUCAUACCUCUUUCUUUAUGUAUAAUAGAAAAGCAACUAAAGCAAACUACUAAGAUUUUUAGGUUUUACUAUUUGAGAUAUCAAAUGCAUAACCGGUUGUAGGCUGAGUGUUUUUUAAGUUUUUAAGGAGUUUGGUAAUUUUCGUAAUAUGGAGUGUCUCAAAUACAUAUGUUGCAUGUUAUUUUAUGCACCAAGGCUUAUUUAAUAAGACAGUAGCAAAAGCUCUUCUUAAUGAGUCUUUCAUGUGUAGCACAUACAGUACUUCAGGCACAGUAGAAAACAGUGGGUUAAACAGGUUUUGCAAAUCAGUUCUAUAUUAUUUUGAAAUGGCUUCCUGAGAGAAGGGAAAU